AUGACCGAGAACUCCUCAAGCCCAGAAUCAUUCGAGAUCUUUUCUUCCCUUCGCUUUGACCCAAGCCUUCCAGACGCAGCCUGUCGCCAUGCAUCGAGCUAUCCCGAUCCUCAAAAAUCCCCCUACUACCUCCUCGCCUAUCACCAAGACCGGCUCACAGCCGCAGCGGCUCAUUUCCAAUGGGACGAGGCUCUAAACUGGCUGCAGCAAGACCUGCAAGACUUCGAGGCGUUUCUCGACGCGUCAAUUUCGGACCUAAGCAAGGCGUGGAGACUCCGAAUUGUAGUGAACAGUAAGGGGAAGGCGAGAGUUGAGACGAACCCAACAGCGAGCAUUGAUCUAAUGAGUUUGUUCAUUCCCUCUCUACAUACCCACCCAAGCGAACCAAUAUGGCACGUCCAUGUCGAUACGCAAUCAACAACUCCUUCAGGUUUCACCACACAUAAAACCACCGCGCGGGAUGACUACACGUCUGCGCGCCAGAGGGCGGGAAUUAAUUCCCCGACAGACCUUGCCGAAGUACUGGUUGUGAACCCGGAUGGCGAGGUUAUGGAAGGCAGCAUCACUACGCCGUACUUCUUGCGGGACCAUAUGUGGAUCACGCCUCCGCUCAGCAGUGGGGGCAAUGCAGGUACAACACGGAGGUAUGCGUUAUCUCAGGGUUUCUGUUUAGAACACACCAUUUCCCGAGAUGAGCUUGUGGAUGGAGAGGAGUGUUGGUUGAGCAACGGCGUAAGGGGGUUCAUCCGAGGGGUCAUAGUCAAAUAA